UCUACAUGUGUUUUUAUGAUAGGAAAGAGGAAAAUAGGCCUAAAUCUUACAAGACGUGAAUUCGAGUCUGGCGGGAGCCAUAAUAUUGAUCACAGCCUCGUGGGAGAGUUGCCACUCCUACAGUGCCACAUUACGCAGUGCCACGGUCCUUUAUAUCCCCUCAGGUACCGCCACAAGUCCAGUAAGUUGUGGAAGAAGACAAUGGCAAAGGUGAAGGUAGUAAAGGUGGAAGAAACAGGGAAAGAUGUGGGGACCAAGGCAUCUGAUAAAAAGAACAAGAAUGAAAAGAAGAUUCUCAAAGUGAUAAGUAAAAGAAAUGGCACUGAUAAUGCCAGUGUUCCCAAAAAGAAGAAAAGGAAUAGGGGAAAGAAGAAUAAGUCAAAUACUAAUGGAAUUGAAGCUUCCCCUGAGACCAAGAAUGGAGAAUCUUCACCUACAAUUGAUGAGGAAAACAGUGAACCAACUAAUGAUAUUUCCUCAAGUUCAGUGGAGAAGCCUAUGAAGGAGGAACCAGCAACCACAACCUCAGAAACUCCAGAGGCAGCUACAAAGACUACAGAAUCUGGGGAGAGUGAGGGACCAAACACAGAGGGUAAAAAGAAAAGGAAGAGGAAGAACAAGAGGAAAGCUUCAGAAGCCUUAGAAGGAGCCUCUGAAAGCACAGAUAAUAAGGAAGAUGGUUCAGAAGACACAGCAGAGGGGGCAAAGGGAAUUAAAAGAAUGAAGGUGGAGGAGGAAAAAGAUGAUGCUGAAGAGGAAAAGCCCAAAAAGAAGACAAAAAAAAUGAAGGCUGAGAAGAAAGGGGAAGAUGAUGCUGAAGGUCAAUCUGCAUCAAAGGAAAAGAAGCAACAGCAAGAGAAAAAAUAUGUCCUCUUCAUGGGCAAUCUUCCUUUUGAGCUCACCGAGGAGGAGGUCCGGGAGCAUUUCAAGAUAGUGGCGGACAACAUUGUGCGAGUCACGCUUCUCAACCGCAAGAAGAGUGGCAAGAGCAAGGGUUAUGGCUUCAUUGAACUCAAAGAUGCAGAUUCCUAUAAUAAAAGUCUCAAGCUCAACAAUUCUCAGCUCAAGAACCGCAAGAUUCAUGUGCAAUUCACCACACCAGGCAAGAAAACCAAGGCACGUAAAGCUCUCAUAAAGAAUAAAACAAAGAAACUUCUUGGCCAGAAGAAAGGAAAGAAGAUUAAGAAGGAAGGGGGUAGAAAACACUGAUCAGUGCAAUACAUACAAUGCUGCCUUCUAAAUAUAGUUGGAGGUGAUCA